GGCGGAAGCCGUUUGCGUGCCAGGCUUCUCAUUUCCGGUUGUCAGGCGCUAGCACAAGGCCACGUUGUGUUGCUGAUAACUCAUGAAAAGACGUCUUACGGUUUGCUAGAACUCACACUAAACACGUUUUAGAGAUCUUACGCAGGCUUCGACGUCACGCUUUCAGCGGGCUGCGGCAGACUUGGCGUCCAUGCUCCUUUUGAUCCCGGCUAGCAGAUUAAUGUCAUCGAGAUAAAUUAGCAGGAUUUGCUGCAACAGACACGCCAACGUCUUCCCGUUGACGAGCGGAGCGCUUUUGAUUCUUAAUCUUCUUCUCAUCUUCUGACGAUGGUUUUGUUGAAGAACUUCCAUCCUCCCACCGAGGGAGUCAGGCUCCAGCAAGCCGACACUACUGCGGUCAUGGACGGCAACAAGUUGGGCUGCGGGACGCUCUACGUCGCUGAAACGCGUCUGUCAUGGUUCGACGGUGCCGGACUGGGUUUCUGUCUGGAGUACCCCACCAUUGGCCUGCACGCCAUCUCCAGAGACGUUAGCGCAUACCCUCAGGAGCAUCUCUACGUCAUGGUCAACGGAAAACUUAGUGAGAAGGAGAACGAGGCAGAAAUGGCAGACAAGGCGCCUGAUGAGGAAGGUGAUGACGCCAGCAGUGACGGUGGUGAUGAUGAUGAUGAUGAAGGACCCAUCACAGAGAUCCGAUUUGUGCCCGGUGACAAAACUGCAUUGGACUCCAUGUUCACGGCGAUGUGCGAGUGCCAGGCGCUGCAUCCUGACCCAGAGGACGACGACUCUGACAACGACUUUGAAGGAGAAGAGUACGAUGUGGAGGAGGCCGAGGCUGAGCAUGGCCACGCCGACAUCCCCACCUUCUACACGUGCGACGAGGGUCUGUCGGCACUGACGCAGGAGGGCCAGGCCACGCUGGAGAGACUGGAGGGCAUGUUGGCCCACAGCGUGGCGCAGCAAUAUCACAUGGCUGGCGUGCGGACGGAGCAAAGCAACGCAGAGUUUGAAGAUGGGAUGGAGGUGGAUGCUGAUGCCGCGGAAGCGGGUCAGUUUGAGGAUGCAGAUGUGGACCACUGAUGAACGUCGUCAUGGGAGCUGCACUUCUACAAGGCCAUCAGCACUUCCUGCUGACACUGUCAAUCAUCCCAGUAGUCUUGCAUGUGUGCUAGUAGUCACUUGAAUUGUCCAUUCCUGUCAAACAAGUUGUUUUUGUAUCUAAACACCAACCUAACAUGUCAUAUCCUUCCUUGUAAUUGUCAAUAAAAGAUUAGUUUUUGUA